AUUACAGAAUAAUCAUGUCUAACAACUACUCGAUUGAUCUAAAACAAGGACCAUCGCUCCUCUAUGUCAUUCCCAUCAAGCCAGUUGUGCUUGCAGUUCAGCUUGGAGCAAUUCUCUUUCAAUUCAAAUCGAUAUACGAUUUCGAGUACAAUUUUGUCGGCGAUCUGGUGUUUCGUACUUUCGUGAUCUUCCUCUCUCUGACCUCCUUCACAGCCUUCCUCUUCAAUCAAAAGAUUUUGAUGAAAGCUCAUCUGGUGAUGGCGAUAUUCUUGCUGGCUGGCCCCAUCGCAUGUCUUCAAUAUCUUGUUUUUGACUUUUAUCGCGCCGAAUUUCACGGAGACAAUAAUCUCAAAUGGGACCACACGUCGUCUUUCGAAAACUAUUUAAUCUUCAUUCUGGUCAUUCUACUAGCUGUAGCACUUGGCAGCUACACCUGGUUGUGCCACCUGCUAAUUGAGGGUCUCGACGAGAAAAAUGCUCCCAAAAGAAGACCACAAUGCAAAAUUUGCUCCAAUCAUUAUGUUGUCCCCGAGAACGAAAAAUUGAUCUAUAACAUUGCUUAAACUUAAUUUUUUAAAAAUCUUUUUUUAGUCUUACAAAGUCCUCUUUUUUAUUUAUUGUUUUCCAGGUUAUCCUUUACCCAAUUCAAACGACUUGAAAAGUCUCAUUUUAUAUUAUCUCCCGUUUUAGAACACAUUUUUCUUGUUAUUUGUUUUUUUUAAGUCUGAAACAUUCAGAUUUGUUCCACAAUAAAAUAUUGUGCUAUUUA